AUACGUUGCCAAAUGCUGGGAGACUUGUCUGGAGAGAGAAAAAAACAAAACCAGUCCACAAUCGACAUGGCGCUAUGGUUAUCUGGCGUUGUAGAGUGCAUCAACGAAAUGAAAAAAAAAAAAUUGUUCGACAGGUUUCGUCUGAUGCCUAACCUGGAGUUGUAUCCAACUACCUUUACACACAUCUACAACUCGGAUGGGGGAAGAAGAAAAAAAACCAGAAUCCACAACUGGUCUUUCGUUAUAUAAAAGGCGUCUGCGUUCGCGAGUUUUUGUUCAGUCAAGGCCAACAGUGCGAUCCAGUACAUUGUAUCGUCGCCACCAUGAAGCAUCUGAUUGUUCUUUCUGUUGUUGUGGUGGGAUGUUUCGCCACUGCCCAAUUACAUGUCGAACGGACGAGAUACAGACCCAUCAAUCCGUUUCGUUUCGAUUCCUUUCCUUCAUCCUCGCGUGUUCCGACAUCAGGGGACAUAGUCAAAGCGGUAGCUUCUCCAAACGUUCUAGAUGAUCAUCAAAUACGGUUAAUGCUAGACGCCCAUAUUGUGUGUCUUACAGAAUUGAAAGGUACAAAGCAACGAUUGAUGGACACCAAUGCUGUUAUCGAACAGUUUAAGGAGGAGGUGAGAGAAGAUAUUCUGCGUUUACACACACAAUUGGCUGCGAUCAUUACGAACGUCGAUUUGGAAGACGUAAAAAUCCAGUUGAACGCAAAUUCUCAACUUUUGGCCAACACUGUCAUCAACCUUCAAGAAUUGGAGGAUAAGUUAGAAGUUACGAAACAACAUACGUCAGACGUGUUGACGCGUUAUCAAAACGAAAUGAAUGUCACAGUCGAAAAACUCGAGGAGAAGCAGCGCGAAACUGCUGACAAUGUGACAGACGCCCAUUAUGAAAUUGCAUCUCUGACAACCGAAUUGGACGCUGUUAAACAACAAUCGAAGGAUACAUACAAUUAUGUGGAAGAGCUUAAAACCGGCUGGACAGCCACGGAUUUUGCUGUUGCCGAUCUUAUGAGGGAUUUGAAUGUUGCAAGAGAGGAAGCGUUGGCAUCCAAUGUCCGGAUUGAAGAACUGGCAUCGACAUUGAAUGCGAGAACGAGUCCCAGCUCUAUAGGAGAAAUGCCAGGAUCCUGUGCGGAUUUGAGACAAAUUGGACACGUCAAGAGUGGAUUACACUUGGUUAUGGGGGAGAAAGGCGUUGAAAGCGUUUAUUGUGACUUCACUUUAGAAGAAAAGGACAAGUGGAUUGGAUAUACUGAUGUCAAAACGGCGCCGGUGUAUUUCUCCGUGCAAAGAACUAGUCGAUUUAACAAAACCAACGUUCCAAUUCCAUUUGAUCUCGCGAAAUCCGCUAUCGGAAACGCCAUGAAUUUGACGUCGGGAAUUUUCACUGCACCCAAAACGGGCACCUAUUUUUUCAUUUUCAACGGACUGGUUGAAUUCGAUGAAACCUCCAACGUCAUCCCUUACCUGGCCGUUGGUCUUUUCCUCAACAAAUCGGGUAACAGAAUCGCCUUGGCUUUGACGGAAGAGGCUUACACUGUGAAAGACCAGUAUAGAGGCCAACGUGCUCCAUUGGCCCUUCAAACAACAAUUCGGCUGCAAGAAGGAGAUCAGGUUUGGUUGGAAAUCUUGGCCCAAUCGGGAACGGUAUCUCUCUUUGAUAACACAAACAAUCACUCGGCUUUCACUGGAUGGCUGAUGGAGGAAGAGAUUUCAUUGUGAACGUUGUCAAUCCAUUGAUCAACAAGCUAUUUAUUUAGUUUUCCUUGAGAAAUAAUGUUGUGCCUUUAUAUUUCUGAAAAGAAAUGAACCUUUUUUCGUUCUUUUAUUCUCUGCAUUCAAGUUGGUCGGUAAUGUAACACACAGGGCUGUGGGUUUUUAUUAAUUUUUAAUCCACCUGAAAUAGAUUCAAAUUGCCAUGAUAACUGGCAAAAAUCACCAAAUUUCCCUUUUUCUUUUGGCGUAAAGAGACUAUUCUUUACACUUUUUGGGUACCUCAAACUAAUUUCAAUUAACCGUUCAUGUUUUAGUAUUACAUGUCUGUAUUUCCCCCGUGUAUGAUUAUUCAAUUGUGAUUAUCAAAUAUAUGCUGGCGGCCAUUUAA